CCAGUCUCCAGCUCAAUGACAGGAUGUGAGCAGCACGGCACCGCCAAGUCGCCGAUUGCAGAGCAUGUCCACUGUAUUUAGAAGCCAGAGGCCAGAGACAGCUGCUUUAGUCGAGGCUUUCUUCAGUGUGUGUGAGUCAGGACAGCAACAGCAGGAGGAUUAGAAAAAAAAAAUUGCUUAACUGCUGGCAGUUCUGAAAUAAAGCCAAACCAUAAGGAACUGGUGACACAAUGAGAUGCUUCUGAAAGAAGAAGAACGUUAAACGUGGAGUACAUAGCCUGACUCUCUGCAUCCCAGUGAUGCAACCUGGUUUUUAGUCUCUCAAAAUGGUGCUGAACUGUAAGAAGUAAGAUGGCCUCUGACAGAAUGGCGACUCCUCAGAGCAGCUCCAGACAGAGCAGCUCGCUCUCUUCAUCUCCAAUGAGCACCCGGAUGCAGUCUCUCCAGGUCGACUCUGUCCAGCGCUGGAUGGAGGACCUCCGCCACAUGACCGAGGUGGAGUGCAUGUGUGUCCUCCAGGCCAAACCCAUCGGGGUGGAGGAGGACUCCCAGCAGGGAGAGUUGAUUGUGGGCUCCGGGGUCGGUGCAGGGGAUCAUGUGGCCAGGAACAACCUGCAGACGCUCCUCCGCCGAGCGCUGGUGGUCAGCACGGAGCUCGGCAAGAUGUUCCAGCGGCUGGAGAAAGGACGCUGGCAGAGGGUCCACAGCACCGCCGUACGGGCUAACUGCCACGUCCGCUCUCUGGUGCAUGAGUACAGCACCGCCCGGAGCACGCCACCUGAGAUGCAGAAGUAUGAGAAAUCUUUGUUGGACAAGUGCAUGGAGCUGACGAACAUUACAGAGAGGUGCCUUCACACUGAUGAUGAAUUCUUCCUUAAAUCCAUGAGAGAGGCCAUCCAUGACAUCCUCACUGAUGUCAGUGAUUCAUUCAGCAACAUGAUCGACAUGGCCUUAGCUAAUGAGAUCCGGGUCCUGAUCAAACAGAUUGAAUCAUCGGACAGCAUUCACACCAUCGGCAGUGCCAUUAGCAACCUGCUGUCCCUCACACAGGAUGGGCCUCAGCUCUGCAGCAUCAUUGCCAAGGAAGGAGCUGUGGUGGCCCUGUUUAAGAUCUGCAGGCAGGACCGCUUUAAAGACCUCUACGCUCACGCUCUGAGAACAGUGGCCUCUAUCUGCUGUGUGGAGGAGGGCAUCAACCAACUGGACAAGGUGGAUGGGAUCCUGUGCCUGGCCGACAUCCUGACUGAUGAGAGCAGUGUGGAAGCAGCCAGGGCAGAGGCAGCGGCCGUCGUGGCUCAGAUCACUUCGCCUCACCACACGUCCACACAGCACCUCGCCAGCUUUCUGGAGAGCAUGCACGAUAUCGUCACCGCGCUCAUAAAGUUGUGUGAGAGCGCCUCCUGCGGUGAAGUGUUCCUUCUUGCAUCUGCAGCCUUGGCCAACAUCACCUUCUUUGACAGCAUGGCCUGUGAGAUUCUCCUGCAGCUUAAUGCCAUCCACAUCCUGCUGCAGGCCUGCAAAGACCGCCAGAGGGUCGACACACCCUACUCCAAAGACCAGGUGGUGACAAUCUUGGCAAACCUCUCAGUCUUAGAGCAGUGUGCCUCUGAAGUCCUACAAGAGCAAGGAGUAGAGCGACUGCUGCUGCUGCUGGGAGAAAAGCCAUCCUCCUCCAGUCCAUCAGAGGGCGCCGCCUGUGAGCGUGUCCAACAGAAAGCUGCGGUCACACUGGCCCGUUUGAGCAGGGACCCUGACGUGGCCCAAACAGCCAUCCAGCUAAAAGCUGUUCCUCGUCUUAUUGAACUGUGUCGGUCCCCUACUGAGAGAAAUAACAGCGACUCAGUGCUGGUUGCUUGCCUGGCUGCCUUGAGGAGGCUUGCAGCAGGGUGUCCAGACAGCAUCGAGGCAGCCGACCACCAGCAGCUCAUCAAACCACGUCUGGUCGACUCUUUCCUGCUGUGCUCCAACAUGGAGGAGAGCUUUGUAUGACAGCCUGCACACUAAACACUGAGAGCGGAGAGCUGAACUCAUGUACGAGAUCAUAUUCAUAUACUGUUUCAUGAUGCAGAGAGGACCAAAGCGCAGUUUCUCUGCAAAUCAUUCUGACUGAAGCUUUGUUUGUCACUUCAUGUUUGGACACUCUGAAUUUGAUAAACAGAGUGAAACUGCAUCGUGUCAGUUUGAAUGGAUGCAGAAGACAUUUAUAUGUAAAUAUACAUAUAUGUAAUUUUAUGUAAAUGUGCUGCCUAGUGCAAUGAAUGUCUAUGGUGUGAGGAGAAAAAGGUCAUUAGUUCAUUUUAUUCAACUGAGAAUUUCACAUCAGUAAUUAUAUCAGUAAUUAUUUUGUAUGAGUAGGUGCUACUUUUUAAAAUGAAAGUAUAACCUGUUCUGAAUGAAACACUUUAUAUGUUACCACUGUGCAAUGUUUUUGUUCUUGUCUCAAGAUAGAGGAUAACACAGAAAAAUGCCUUUGACAAAAAUUAACAUCUGAAGUAUUUAGCAUUGAAGAACCAAUAGGUAUUUCUGGUAAAUUUGUCCUCGGUUCUUUUUUUGUUUGUCUGUUAAAAAUAUGACCUUUUAAAAAAUGUUUUCAAUCAGCAGACACUUUAUUUGGUUUCCGAUCUGUUUUUCCUGGUGUACAAUAUAUUGUUUCUUAAAGAGCAUUGUAUGGCAUGUUAAACUGAAUUUGCCAUUAAUCUCACAUAUUACGUAUAUUUGCUACUGGAAAAUUAAUCUUUUCAAAUGGUCUUGACUUUGAAAAUAAAAAUGCUUUUUAUUUAAAGAGAAUUACCAUUAUUGUAUGCCAUGCAUGGAAUAAAGGCAAUCAUCAAUC